AUGAAUCAUCACAAAGUCGCUGGCGGGAAUCGCCUCAAAAGUUGCGGGGGCUGCCCGGAACUCGCAGCGCCUGGGCACAAGCUGUGUCACGUGUGUGUCAACCGCAAGAAGAGCCCGGCCAAGCAGACGUGCAAUCACUACUGCGGCGUCUACAAAACGUGCCUCAUUCUUGGUCCCGAUCCCCGCUUGAGCGUGGAUGAUGGCAAGAAGGUCAUUCAGGGCUUAAACGCCUUGCGCUGCAACUCGUGUUGGCGCAAAGACAUCAUCGACGAGGAGCUGGCCAAGUCGAGGAAU